CAGUAGGCGGCCGGAGGCGGGUGGCCGAGACGACGAGCGGCUGCGAGGAGCUGCCAGACCGACGCUGGGACUCGGAGGGCGCGGCGAUCCCGUGAAAGAGGAGGGGAAGGAAGGAGGAGGCGCCGGAGUCGAUGCAGGGGAGCUGCCGCCGAGCAGGGAGGCGGGUCCUUUCGGGUGCGGCCACCGCGGUUCCGGGACGCGGCCCGGGGCAGCCCGCCCACCGCGCGUAAGGUGUUCUCCAGGUAGCGCGCCGGCACCCAGAGGGCGCCCUCGCCCCGGCCCGCGCUCCGCCCGCGCCAGCUCGCGGCUCCCCGAGCGCGGCGCCCUUGAGCCGCCAGCGGCCGCGCAGGUUGGCCGCCGACUGGUCCGCCCGCCAAGAGGAGGAAGCUCUGUCCCUUCCCGCUCGCCGCGGCUGGCGUCCCCACCCCGUGGACUCUCCACCCUGCAGCGGGCGAGCGGCGUGGCCACGGAGGCGCCGAGGAGGGGCGAGCCGCCUCCGGGCAGCGGCGUGGCCCCGGGGGACAGGGCGCCCGAGCGGAGGCGGCGGCGCGGCGGCGAAGGCGCGGCGCGCGAUGGCAGCUGCCUAGCCCGGCGUGCGCGGAGCAGCCCGGAGCUGUGGCUGGCCAGACGGUGCGUCUGGGCUGGAGACCCCGGGGUCGCUGCCGCGGCAGUCCGGCAGGCAGAGAUGGGCACCGAAGCCGGCGAGGGCAUCACUUUCUCCGUGCCGCCCUUUGCGUCCGCGGGCUUCUGCACCAUCCCGGAGGGCGGCAGCUGCCGGAGGGGAGGAGGAGCGGCGACGGCAGCGGAGGGCGAGCCGAGCCAGCUGCCUCUGCCACCGCCGCCACCGCCGGGCAGUUUCUGGAACGUGGAGAGCGCGGCCGCUCCUGGCACCGGGUGCCCUACGACCACCCCCGGGAGCAGCGCCACCCGAGGCCGGGGCAACUCUGGCAGCGGGGGCGGCCGGAGGACCACCGUGGCAUAUGUGAUCAACGAGGCGAGCCAGGGGCAGCUGGUGGUGGCCGAGAGCGAGGCCCUGCAGAGCCUGCGGGAGGCGUGCGAGGCGGUGGGCGCCACCCUGGAGACCCUGCAUUUCGGGAAACUGGACUUCGGGGAAACCGCGGUGCUGGACCGUUUCUACAACGCAGAUAUCGCUGUGGUGGAGAUGAGCGAUGCUUUCCGGCAGCCAUCUUUAUUUUACCAUCUUGGGGUGAGAGAAAGCUUCAGUAUGGCCAACAACAUCAUCCUCUACUGUGAUACGAAUUCCGACUCUCUUCAGUCCCUGAAGGAAAUCAUUUGCCAGAAGAAUACUAUGUGCACUGGGAACUACACCUUCGUCCCUUACAUGGUGACGCCACAUAACAAGGUCUACUGCUGUGACAGCAGCCUCAUGAAGGGCUUGACGGAGCUCAUGCAGCCCAACUUUGAGCUGCUGCUGGGGCCCAUCUGCCUACCCCUGGUGGACCGCUUCGUUCAGCUUCUGAAGGUGGCGCAAGCAAGCUCCAGCCAGUAUUUCCGGGAAUCUAUACUCAAUGAUAUCAGGAAAGCUCGGAAUCUGUUUACUGGUAAAGAAUUGGCAGCGGAACUGGCGAGGAUUCGGCAGCGAGUGGACAAUAUUGAAGUUUUGACAGCAGACAUUGUCAUCAACCUGUUGCUUUCCUACCGAGACAUCCAGGACUACGAUUCCAUUGUGAAGCUGGUAGAGACGCUAGAGAAACUGCCCACCUUUGAUUUGGCCUCGCAUCACCACGUGAAGUUUCAUUAUGCAUUUGCACUGAACAGGAGAAAUCUCCCUGGAGACAGAGCAAAAGCUCUUGACAUCAUGAUCCCCAUGGUUCAAAGUGAAGGACAAGUUGCUUCAGAUAUGUAUUGCCUCGUUGGCCGAAUCUACAAAGACAUGUUUUUGGAUUCCAAUUUCACUGACACCGAAAGCAGGGACCAUGGGGCAUCUUGGUUCAAAAAGGCAUUUGAGUCUGAGCCAACACUACAGUCAGGAAUUAAUUAUGCAGUCCUCUUGCUGGCAGCUGGGCACCAGUUUGAAUCCUCCUUUGAGCUUCGGAAAGUUGGGGUGAAGCUGAGCAGCCUUCUGGGUAAAAAGGGGAACCUGGAAAAACUCCAGAGCUACUGGGAAGUUGGAUUCUUUCUGGGAGCCAGCGUCCUGGCCAAUGACCAUCUACGAGUCAUUCAAGCUUCUGAAAAGCUGUUCAAACUGAAGACACCAGCGUGGUACCUCAAGUCUAUUGUGGAAACAAUUUUGAUAUAUAAGCAUUUUGUGAAACUGACCACAGAGCAGCCCAUGGCCAAGCAGGAACUCGUGGACUUUUGGAUGGAUUUCCUGGUUGAAGCCACGAAAACAGAUGUUACUGUCGUUAGAUUUCCAGUAUUAAUAUUAGAGCCAACCAAAAUCUACCAGCCUUCUUACCUGUCUAUCAACAAUGAAGUGGAGGAGAAGACAAUAUCUAUUUGGCACGUACUUCCUGAUGACAAGAAAGGUAUACAUGAGUGGAACUUCAGCGCUUCCUCUAUCAGGGGAGUAAGUAUCUCCAAGUUUGAAGAACGAUGCUGUUUUCUUUACGUGCUUCACAAUUCUGAUGAUUUCCAAAUCUACUUCUGCACAGAGCUCCACUGUAAAAGGUUUUUUGAAAUGGUGAAUACCAUCACCGAAGAGAAGGGCAGAGGCACGGAGGAAGGGGACUGUGAAGGUGACUCCCUGGAGUAUGACUAUGAAUAUGACGAAAACGGUGACAGAGUCGUGUUAGGAAAAGGCACUUACGGGAUCGUCUAUGCAGGUCGGGACCUGAGCAACCAGGUCAGGAUUGCUAUUAAGGAAAUCCCCGAGAGAGAUAGCAGAUACUCUCAGCCCCUGCAUGAAGAAAUUGCCUUGCACAAGCAUCUGAAGCACAAAAACAUUGUCCAGUAUCUGGGCUCCUUCAGUGAGAACGGCUUCAUUAAAAUCUUCAUGGAGCAAGUCCCGGGAGGAAGUCUUUCUGCCCUCCUUCGUUCUAAAUGGGGCCCGUUAAAAGACAACGAGCAAACGAUUGGCUUCUAUACAAAGCAAAUAUUGGAAGGAUUAAAAUACCUUCAUGACAAUCAGAUCGUUCACCGGGAUAUAAAGGGUGACAAUGUAUUGAUUAAUACCUACAGUGGUGUUCUCAAGAUCUCUGACUUCGGGACAUCAAAGAGGCUGGCUGGCAUAAACCCCUGCACCGAGACCUUUACAGGAACCCUGCAGUACAUGGCACCAGAAAUCAUCGAUAAAGGACCACGAGGCUAUGGAAAAGCUGCAGACAUUUGGUCUUUGGGAUGCACCAUCAUCGAAAUGGCCACCGGAAAACCACCGUUUUAUGAGCUAGGAGAGCCCCAAGCAGCCAUGUUCAAGGUGGGGAUGUUCAAGGUCCACCCAGAGAUCCCAGAGUCCAUGUCUGCUGAGGCCAAGGCAUUCAUACUGAAGUGUUUUGAACCGGACCCUGACAAGAGAGCCUGUGCUAAUGACUUGCUUAUUGAUGAGUUCUUAAAAGUUUCCAGCAAAAAGAAAAAGACACAACCCAAGCUUUCAGCUCUCUCGACCGGAUCAAAUGAAUAUCUUAGAAGUAUCUCCCUGCCAGUCCCUGUCCUGGUGGAAGACACCAGCAGCAGCAGCGAGUACGGCUCUGUUUCUCCUGACACGGAGCUGAAGGUGGACCCCUUCUCCUUUAAAACCAGAGCCAAGUCCUGCGGGGAGAAGGAUGGGAAAGGGAUACGGACACUCUUCUUGGGCAUCCCAGACGAAAACUUCGAAGAUCACAGCGCGCCGCCUUCCCCUGAGGAGAAAGACUCCGGCUUCUUUAUGCUGAGAAAGGACAGCGAACGACGGGCAACCCUCCACAGGAUCCUGACAGAAGACCAGGACAAGGUUGUGCGGAACCUGAUGGAAUCUCUGGCCCAGGGUGCUGAAGAGCCUAAACUGAAAUGGGAACACAUCACAACCCUCAUCACGAGCCUCCGAGAGUUUGUGCGGUCCACUGACCGAAAAAUCAUAGCCACCACCCUGUCAAAGCUGAAGCUGGAGCUGGACUUCGACAGCCACGGCAUCAACCAGGUGCAGGUGGUCCUCUUUGGCUUCCAGGAUGCGGUCAAUAAAGUUCUCCGGAAUCAUAACAUCAAGCCGCACUGGAUGUUCGCCUUGGACAGUAUCAUCCGAAGGGCUGUGCAAACGGCCAUUACCAUUCUGGUUCCAGAGUUGAGGCCACAUUUUAGCCUUGCGUCCGAGAGUGACACAGCGGAUCCAGAGGACGUGGAUGUCGAAGAAGAACACGAGGACUCCCCUUCCAAUCCAACGGUCCGAAGACCUCAGGCGGUCAUCGAGGAUGCUGUGGCUACCUCGGGAGUGAGCACGCUCAGCUCCACUGUAUCCCAUGACUCCCAGAGUGCUCACCGGUCUCUGAAUGUGCAGCUUGGAAGGAUGAAAAUAGAAACUAAUAGAUUACUUGAAGAGCUAGUUCGGAAAGAGAAAGAGUUACAAGCACUCCUUCAUCAAGCUAUUGAGGAAAAAGACCAAGAAAUCAAACACCUGAAGCUCAAGUCCCAGCCCAUAGACAUCCCUGGGUUCCCCAUGUGCCGCCUGCACUGUCCUGGUCCAACCACUGAAGAUUCGGAACUUACCGGCUGGCUGAGGGAAAACGGAGCUGAUGAGGACACUAUAAGUCGGUUUCUGGCUGAGGAUUACACACUAGUGGAUGUUCUCUACUAUGUUACACGUGAUGAUCUGAAGUGCCUCAGGCUAAGGGGAGGGAUGCUGUGCGCGCUGUGGAAGGCCAUCGUUGACUUUCGGGACAAACGCGCCUGACGGCCACUGGUUUAACCUUCAGCAGAGACUCUGAACAUCAACACAGAACUGCUCUCCUUAGGGGAGGGCAAGUUGAAGGGGGAAGAGAAAGAAGCUGGCUGCACUUUAAAUCCAGUAUUGUUUACUCAUGUCGAAAGAAAAAAAGAUGGACAAAAUACACUGAAAUGUCCUGACUUCUAUUUCUACAAAAUUCCUGAGGACUCUUCGUAAAGGCUUAAAAUAAUCCUAAUUAGAAUCCCGAUGCCAAGGAUCGUUGUAGUCUGCACAUUUUGAUGGAGAUAUUUUUUAAGUGGGCAGCUUUGCGUUUCAGCCCAAAUGUCUAUCGUGGAACAGGCAGAACAUUUUGUGGGACAGUGCACCACUGGAUCAAAACCAAAAUGUGACCACAACUUUUAAGGGUCCUCUGUGUGUGCUGUGCCCUGAGCACCCGAGUAGAAAUGCACAAUUUGGAUCGUUGUAUAAAGUUCUUUUUUUUUUUUUUUAAAGUGUGCAGAAUCCAAGAGUAAUGGUCUCUACUCUGUGUACUGAUUGUCAUAUUGACUGUAUUUUUGUAACUGAAGUUUCUGGCCCUGGAGUGUGUUUGUUGGAGGUGUUUCUGUACUACUGAACUACACCAGUUGCCCAUGCCUGGAUCAUAGUGAUGUUAGCUUGUUCUAAAGCUAUCAAUUAUGACAUGUUUACUCAGAAAGUAAAAAGAUUGCCAAUGUGCUACUUUGAUAAAGUCCAGAACAUUCUUAUUUUGUGCUGAUGAACUAAAUGAAUGGGUUAAAAUGUAGUUGGAUUUUAUUGUUGUUGUUCUUGUUGUUCAGUUAUGAUGUUAAGUAGAAUCUGUCUCUAUUCAAACCAUGAAAAGAUAGUUGGGAUCUGGAUUGUUCCUUGGGGACAGCAGAGGGGCGCAAAAGAGUGGUUACCUUGAAAAAGUAGACACCACUCCAUAGCUAAGAGGUUUGCAAGAAGGAUCCUAAUAGACAGCACUUUCUUUUCUGUCUCCUUGAUGUGGUUCCCAUAUUUGGGGAGGUUUUGAGCCAAAUGUUAUAUUUUUAUGAGCCUUCCCAUAUUAACAGGAUGAGAUCUGAAACUCAUGGGUGGAUAAAUAAAUUUCUGACAUACACAAGAAUGUGCUUAUGACACAGGAUGGGAGCAAUAAAGAGGUGUUUGAGUACCACAACUUAACCCAUAUAAAAGUCUUCAGUAAUAGAAAUGGUCUUUAUUUCUAUGUGAAAAUAAAAGUAUAAUGCAUCAUAGUGCAUCUGAAUAUA